AUGAGAGGUGCCAGAGAUUUUGAAGUCCUUGAUUGCAAGGGAUUAAUACUUUUUACGACUAGACUUUUAACUUCUGGAGUGGAGCAUGAUUAUUUGGAGUCCCAACUGAUUCUUUGGAACCCUGCAAUUAGAAUGUCUAUGACUCUCCCUCAAGCUUGCAUUGUGGCACCCAACCGCAGCAAAUAUUUUGUUCACGGCUUCGGUUUUGACCAUACAAGUAAUGAUUACAAGGUGCUAAGAAUGGUGUUUGGUUCAGACAUACGGUUGCCACCUCCAGCCCAACUUUAUAAACUCCGCACAGGCGCUUGGGAGACUUUUAGUAUUGCUGACGAUUUUCAGUAUGAUAUAGUUGAUAGUGAUCCACAAGCUUUUGUGAAUGGGGCAUGCCACUGGGUUGGAUAUUCAAGUUUUAUGGAGUCCGAAUAUCCUGAAGUGGUGGUUGUGUUGUUUGAUAUGUGUGAUGAGGAACUCCGAGUGAUGAAGCUUCCGGAUAGAUUAACUUGUAUGGAUACCGAUUAUAUUGUACAUGUUCGUUUGGGGAAUUCUGGUGGAUUGCUUUGUUUAAUGGAGCACAACCCACGCAAAAAUGUUUAUUGGAACUGGAACAUUUGGUUGAUGAAGGAAUAUGGCAUAGUAGAGUCUUGGACUAAACAAUUUGCUGUUGAUGUAAAUGGUUCUGACUUGUUCAGUUUUAUGAACAAUGAAAAGAUUUUAGGGGAAAAGCGAGAAAAGCUGGUCUUAUAUGAUCUCAAAACCCGUAGAUUCAAUAAUUUGGGAGGAAUUAAAGCUAAGGGAACUCCUUUUGCCAUGAAUACUUUCGUUGAAAGUCUUGUUUUAUUCAAUGUGCCAGACUUGUUUAAGGAAGAAAAUCAAGACAUGCACGAGAGAAGGCCAAGCAAAGCACAAUAG